GGUCUCGGGGAACUGCGGAAAUAUCAACUUGCAUCUGUCUGUCUAUCCUUACCCUCCGUUAAAAUGGAGCACAUCAGGACCCCGAAGGUGGAGCAGGUAAAAUGUUUAGAUCGGUUUAGCAGUAACAAGUCAACUACUGGAACUUUGCAUCUUACUACAACCCACCUAAUUUAUCGGGAGUCAACUACUAGUGGUCCUAAAGAAAUUUGGAUAAUGCAUCAUCACAUUGCUGUAGUAGAAAAACUUUCUCUGACAGCAGUUGGGUGUCCAUUAGUAAUUCAGUGCAAGAAUUUUCGUGUCAUUCACUUCAUCAUUCCAAGAGAAAGGGACUGUCAUGACAUUUUCAACUCCCUGCUCAAGCUCUCACGACCAGUGAAGUAUGAUGACCUCUAUGCAUUUUCAUAUACACCUAAGAAGACUGAAUAUGAGAGAACAAUGGGCUGGAAAGUCAUUAAUUUAAAUGAUGAAUAUCAACGUAUGAGAAUUCCAAAUGAUAUCUGGCAGUUAACUGAUGUAAACCGAGGUUACAAGGUUUGUGAUACAUACCCAACAGAAGUAUAUGUUCCCAGAAGUGUCAGCAAGCCCAUUAUAGUUGGGAGUUCCAAGUUCAGGAGCAAAGGAAGAUUCCCUGCAUUGUCUUAUUUUUUUUACCAGAAGCAGGCUGCCAUUUGUAGAUGCAGCCAACCAUUAUCUGGCUUUAGUGCCAGGUGUCUCGAAGAUGAGCAUAUGCUGCAAGCUAUAAGUAAAGCUAAUCCCAACAGCCACUUCAUGUAUGUAAUGGAUACAAGACCAAAACUAAAUGCAAUGGCAAAUCGAGCUGCUGGCAAAGGAUAUGAGAAUGAAGACAACUAUUCCAAUAUUAGAUUUAAGUUUGUUGGGAUUGAAAAUAUACAUGUCAUGAGAGCGAGCUUGCAGAAAGUCAAUGAAGUGUGUGGAACCAAAGAGUUGUCUCUGAGUGACUUCUUAAGUGGUUUGGAGAGUUCUGGAUGGCUUCGCCACAUUAAAGCUGUGCUGGAUGCUGCUACAUCUCUUGCUAAAGCAGUAGGACAUGAAGGUGCUAGUGUCUUAGUCCAUUGCUCUGAUGGUUGGGAUCGUACGGCCCAAGUCUGUUCUUUGGGUUCCCUGCUGUUGGAUCCGUACUAUAGAACAAUAAAAGGCUUUAUGGUUUUGAUAGAAAAAGACUGGAUUACAUUUGGACACAAGUUUGCGGAUAGAUGUGGCCAGCUUGAUGGAGACCCCAAAGAAAUAUCUCCUGUGUUUACACAGUUCAUCGAAUGUGUUUGGCACCUGACUGAACAGUUUCCUCGCGUUUUUGAGUACAACGAAACUUACUUACUUGAGAUUCAUGAACAUGUCCAUUCCUGCCAGUUUGGAAACUUCAUUGGAAACUGCCAAAAAGAAAGGGAGGAAAUGAAAAUUCAACAGAGAACCCAUUCCUUGUGGUCAUUUCUUUUGGAAAAUCAACGCAAGUAUUUGAAUCCACUCUAUGACAGUAAUCUUCCUUGCGCUCGUGAAGUACUUCAACCAAAUACUGUUUCUUUCAAUUUCAAAUUUUGGCGCUGUAUGUAUCAUCAGUUUGACAUAACAGUACAUCCCAGGCAAUCACAACUCACCCGAAUUUUAUCUUUAACUGAACAGAAUAAACAACUGGAGAUGGAAGUCAAAAAACUGGAGGAGCAAAUAAUAAAACUGGGUCAAAAACCAUGUGCGGUCUACAGUAAGGAACCUUUUCAUCCAGUUAGCCGAUUGUCACAAAUGCUCAAGGCAUCUGAGAUUAUGUGUAAAGAAGAACAGCAAACAACUAUGAAAAAUAACUCCAUUAGAACACCGGAAGAUGGGAACGUUUCUGGAGAUGAAUGCAAAGAACUCAAAGCUGCUUUCUCUAAAACUGAGCCGAUGUUAGUUAACUUGGAGCUUGGAAUGGCAAAGAUGACCUGUUGAUUCAGAAUGGGAGAGAGUUCCUCAUACACUUGGAGAAGUAUUUGUGGUGAUCAGAAACUGCUAAUCAUCAGUUCAAUAAUAUAGAAAAACAUGGUUUACACCGAGCCAAUCAGAUUGGUAGUUAAUGGCAAGGUUGAGUUUUACUUGAUUUUUGCUCUCAUUACUGAAGUAAAUUUUCUUAAUUCAAAUAGUUGUCAAAUUUAGAUCUGUAAUAUCUCAAAGUAGUAUUUCUGCUAUUUCAAUCUGAAAGGUACUAGAUCCACAUCAGGAAGAUUUGCACUGUUCGUUAGUGUUUUCCAACAUAAUUAGAUGCACAGUAAUUAGACCUUGCAGACCUGAGAAUUGAUAAGCUUAAUAUAAAAAUUUAGCUGUGUGUUAUGUUUGGGUCUUGCAUGAACCAUUCAAAGUUUUGGCAGAGGAUGCACUUAAUCGUGUUGUUCCUUUUGAAGUUCAGACGCAUUCAUAAAAUGGUGACAUUGCUGCAAAUUGCCUAUUUGGAAAGUUCCUAUUUGUCUGCUUGCAGGAGAAUCAUGUCGCCAUAUUUUAUGAUGUUAACAGAACACUUUCAGCAAAAAAUAUGGAGUAGCUACCUACUGUUAUUACCAAAGUAUGUGCCUGCUGCUAGAUGAUCAUAUUAGUUCCAAUGUAAUAUAUCUAGGAAGCAAACUACUUGAAAUCUAACUACUGAAAAGUCAUACUUCUAAUUUCUUUCCCCUUCUGCUCAUUGUUGCAUUGAAAAAUACCAGUUGAUUUAAAGGUGGUCUACUGUCACUUCAUGACUUGCUGUAUAUUUGGCACAAUGCUAUGUGCUGUAUAUGCACAGCUGAUGGGUGUAAUGCAUUUAGAGAAAACUGGGUGCCCUGUCCCUGCUGAUACAAUUUGAUAGCAACAGAGCCCAAUAUGGAAAAGGUGUUAGUUUCAAGUAUUGAAAUGUUAGAGUAGUUGUUGGCAUUUCCUGAGGUUUGUUUUACCACAUUGAGCAGGUUGAGUCAAUUGUUUUGAGGCAGAAAUUUGCAAUAUUUAGAAAUUGUUUUAGAAGUCUGGAUUUUGUUUUUUUUUAUAGCACCCAUCACAAAUAUUGUACUGAAUUAAUUUUGUUUUUGAUAGAACUAACGUAACAGAAGGUGAGAGCAGUUGUAGUAUGAUUUUUAUCACUUUUUUAAAAAAAAUCUGAAUUGUUACUUUCACACAUUUUCCCCCUCGCACUUAUCAUGGGCUGAUAAAGGAAAAGAAACAACACAUUUCUCAUUCUCCUCUGAUCGUAGAAAUUGACUCCCACUGUAAAGAAAGAUUUGAAAAGGAGCAAAGUGUUUACUAUGUAGUUCUCUGGGAUGAGUGAAAUGAUUAACUUCAUAUAUAGAAUUGUGUGGACUAUAUUUAUCACUGUACAGUAAAGCAAACAAGUAUAAUGCACUAUCUGGUCAAUUGGUUUGAUCUUGGGUUUUGUGAAAUAUACGAUAUUAUUUUCCUGUGGUUCUCAGUUUGGUCCUUUUUUAUGGUCUGUUGUAUUCUCAAAUGCUUUUACAGCCAUAGCAGAGCUUGCAGAAAGGCAGAAAAAACCUUGCUCUGGUGGAAAUUUUGUUAAAUUACUACCAUAAUUAAAACUGUUUCUCUGGUCUGUGGAUUUUCCUUGCACUGAGUUUAAGUAAAUGUUUAAGUAAAGCCCCUUGUCAUAAGAACUAAUUGUAAAGUAGCACAUUCAGAGCAAUCAAAGUAAUUCAAAUUCAUAUUGUAUGUGAUGGAUACAAACCUAUUAACUAACCUUGUUGAAGCCUUUUUGAAAACCACUGCUUUUUCUUAAAUUCUGGAAAUUAUUUAAGUUGCUGUGCCAUAAUUUCUGUGCGGUGCAAAGUACUGUGCAUAGUAAAGCAAGGCUACAAAGGUUGUCUGUUCCAAAUACAAUGUCUGGUAAUUUUAUGGGAGAUAAGUUGUAAAUAGAUGUCAGAAGGUGUGUUGUAUAUGCUUACUGUUCAAGUAUUUGCUCUUUAUUAUAGUAAAAGAUGUUACUUCAAAACAGAGCUUUUAGAAUUUGUCAGUUCAUAACACAAGAAACAGAUUGGAAUACUUUACUAAUAGGGACAUACUAGGACAGAUUUUACUCAGGCACAUUGCAGGCAUCUAUCUCACCUACUGGGAACACAUCAAAAGAUCAUUGACACCAUGUAAUUUUCUGUUCUUUAAUUUUAAAUCACUGGGUUUGUGCCUUUAAUUUUCUAAUAUGCUGCCAGCAGACAAGGCUUCAUGCCAGAAGCAAAUAUUGGGAGCUUUGUUUUCUGAAAAUAAUAUUUGGAGAAUUUUCUUAGGUAUGUGAAAAUCCACUCCUGCUUAUCCUUCUAACAAAAUGCCGGUGAAGCUUCAUUCAUCUGUAGCUACACAUAGAUUCACUUUUACGUGCCCUAAAUCUUACAUGACUUGAGACUUUAAAGCUGAUUUUAUUGUAUUUAUUUAGAGGCUGAAUAGAAUAUCUGAAAUCGAUAUACAUUUCAGAUAAAUGUGUAUUCGGGAAUUAUUUUGGAAGAAGUAUGUACAUUUUGUUUUAAACCAGUAGGAAUAAGAUUGUAAGAAGGUAGAAAUUCGACAUUCAACUUAACUAAAUUGUGUCAAAUGGUACAAUGUGGCAAAGAUGGAUAUCAAUAAAUGGAUAUUUGAUUGGAAGAGUAAUAGGUAAAUAAUUUCAAAUAACAAUACAGGUAUGAACUUUUCUUUCUUUGCUUGUUUGAAGAUAUUGCACUUUUAAAAAUAAAAUAUUAAUUCUCACUGAUUCUACUAUCCAUAUAAUGUUCAACCACAAUGUGUAAAUUCUGAACUCUUCUGUUCCAGUCUAGUUCAGCAGGUGGCAUAGGAACAGCAUUUAGAAAGAUGUAGAUUUUUAUUAGAUUAAUUCUUUCAACAAUUGGUUUGAAACAUUUUGCAUUGUAGCAACCUUAAGAUAUUAAAUGAAAGCAUUCUAACUUGCCAUUAUGGUAGAUGAGAUCACUUCUUCAUAAGGCACUUCAUCAACUUGGAAACUUUGUUUUUGUAUUUUAACAUGUACUGUCCAUGUUCCUAUUGCCCCUUUCUGUUUGGAAAAUUCAGCGGUAGGCUUAAAGUAGGUACCUUUUUUAAUACCAUUAAAAAAGGAAAUAAACUGGAUGCAAGUAACUAGACCUGGAUAAAUCUUUUUUUCAAUUUAUCCUAAUCCUUCAUCCUCACUGUUACGCACACAUCCUUUACGUACUCUAGUGCAGUAUCACACCAUUUGUUACCUUUGUAAUUUGUGUAAAACAAAUAUGGGCUAUUAUCUAGUUGUUUUGUAUUUAGGAGUUUUAUUUGAACAAAUUUUGUAUUGAGAUGUAAAUUAUGUACAGAUCUGUUAAUGAUUUAAACUUGCUGUAGUUCUUUUAAAUUCAAUUCCAGGGUAGGGACUACUGCAUAGCCCUUGUGGACUAAAUUUCCCAAGACACUGACCAGUUAACAUUUUUUUCCGCAGUAAACUUUAGGUCAGCAAUGUAAUUUAGCAAAACAUCUUUUGCAUUUGAAUUCUGUAGACAUCACUUAGGUUUAUUUUGUAGUAAUAUUGCCUGUAAUAAUGAGUAAAGUUUAUGUACAAAUGAUUUAUUGUCAGAAGUAAAUUAUGAAUGAUGGUGUACAAUUUGUAAUUUUUUCCCAUUAACAUUGGUUAUAUAUGAAGUUUUAAAGUUUGGAUGAAAUUCAGUUAUUGGAAAAAAAAUUACCCUUUUUGCAUGAUAUUUUUGUAAGUUAUAUCAGGUCAACACAAACUCUACUUGUAUGAUCUUUUCAGCAUUCCAUCUGUGUGGCCUGAAUGUGAUCUUAGAUUGGAGUAGAUUUUCUUUGUGCAGGAAUAUUUUUCAUUAUGAUCUUUAUUGGCUUUCAAGUGAGAGUAGGUGCUUUAAUCUAGUAAGACUCUGUACUGAAGAACAGUCAGAACAAUUCUGAAGAAGGGUCACUGGAUCUGAAAUGUUAACUCUGAUUUAUCUCCACAGAUUCUGCCAGACCUGCUGAACUUAUCCAGCAAUUUCUGUUUUUGUUCCCUAUUUAACACUGUCUAGUACAGGUUGAUAGUUCUGCAACCAGGUACCUAGCCACGAAUGAUGUGGCUUUUAGCUGUAACUUUUAAGUGGUCAUAGCAAGAUGUAAUUCUUUGGGAAUUUUUAGAUUUUCAAUCUACUGGAACAGGGCUGUUAGUGACCACAGUAUGUUAGUGAUAGAGGAUCCACAGCAGUGAAAUAUGGUUAGAUCAUAUUUUAUAAAUAGACUGGAGAAAAAUUUAAUGCUCACAAUAAACAUUAUAAUUUAUUUGCCUGUUUUGGUUAUCUGAUGAAUUCCAAGAGCUUUCAAGGGACCAUGCAAAAGAAAGUGCUACAGAAAUGAUAAGUAGUACAUAUCGCUAGAGACAUAAUUUUAGUGACAGUAUCUCAGACUCUGCUUCAAAUUCAGUGCCUAGUUUUGAUGUAUAAAUGAAACAUAUAGCUAAAUGCGUAUAAUGCACUCAUGCUAAUUAAGAAAGGAAAUGCAGGGAAAAAUUACACUUCUAUGAACUAAAUAGACGUUUUUUUGUUGUGCUGAGUAUUCCUACCUCUUCUAUUUAUAUGUUUAAUUUUUUUUCUUAAUGGACACAUUAAAUAGAAUGGGCACAAUUUGAGUUUCCUAAUUGUAAUAUAUAUAUUUCAAACUCGGUAGUUAGUGUUUUACUUCUUGGCCUGAUGCAUGAUUACAUGCUGCAAUACACAGGACUAUUACAGAGAUGUGAAUGGGUAGUGGGGGUAGAAAGAAGUCAUUGUAUGAUUUGAACUAUGGCAAUUAUUCAAACUUUUGGAAUGUUUGAAGCAGGAGCCUUUUCCAAGUUUUUUUUUAUGCUGUUAAACAUUCGACAUUCAGCUUUGAAAGUAUUACUGUUGACCCCCUUUGAUUAGUCUUAUUACAGUAUCUUGUACUGCUGAGUUUGCCAUGUAAUCUUGAGUUGGGCGAGUAUAUUGUAAAUAUUAACUCUUUGAGAAGAGUCUAAUUUUUAAUGUGACUAUAGAAUGCCUACGAAGAGUGUUACAUUUAACAACUGUUUUGGACACAAUGUUGCCUUAUUGUAAAUCCAAAAAUUGAAUUUAAAAGACUUGGGUUC